AUGAAAGAGCCGUUGUUACCGUGUUCGACGCCUGUAAGGCCAGCCAAGAUAAAUGCAUUAAGGCGGUUGGUGUACGGCAUUGGCGCAGUGCUGAUAUUGUUGGCGUGGAACCAUCUUGCUCAACCCGGUCAACUGAGCGCUCUCACAACAUCCAAGAAGGAUCAAUUCUUGAAUUGUGCCAUUGACAGAUACCGUGCCACCGGCCUGGAUUUCCUCGACUCGGCCGAAAGACCCCCUAUCGCCGAGUAUGUUUUGCGGAGAAACAAUCUCGCCAAAGCUCUUGCGGCUGAGCACGUUGAUGCAUUCGUCGUUGAGCCUGGAUACACUUUCAGCUACUACGCAAACAUCACCCAGCCACAAUGGGAGGUAUGGGAGCCCGAGGAACGCCCUUUCCUGAUGAUAGUCCGCCCCCAGACGCUGUCUGAUGGCAGCGUCGUAGCCAACACAUCUUUUCUCGUGCCACACUUCGAAGAGACGCGCGCUCGUCUUUUGAACAUGCCGUUUGAAGAAGACAUCCACACGGUCACAUACGAAGAACACUGGAACUAUUACACAACUCUUUACCAGUCAGCGAUCUGGGGCGAAACCCUUUCGCCAGUCCUGAUGGUCGAUGAGGAAAUCCGUGACUUCAUUCAGCGUGGCCUGUCUGCGAACGGAUUCACCGUUGUCGGUUUGGCUGGAGAGGUCGAGGCUGUCCGUCAAAUCAAGACAAAGCGUGAGCUUGGCAUCCUGAGAGCCGUAAACACAGGCACGGUCGAGGCCAUACGUGCGAUGCGCCACUGUCUCUACCCGGGAGUCACUGAGAACGAGGUGGCCGCGGUGCUUGACGAUACCAUGAGAGCAGCAGGCAUGGACCCCUUUUUCGACAUUGUCGAAUUCGGCCAGAGUGCCGCGUUGCCACACGGUGGCUAUGACGGGAGCCGCAAACUUGAGCCUGGCAUGCYCAUCCUUAUCGACGUUGGCGCCCAUCUGUACGGCUACAGCAGCGACGUAUGCCGUACUUUCUACCCGCCAUUCGUGUCGGAACCUCCGCCACCCGAAUACAAUGUCACCGAGCAGCUGCGUGUGUGGCAAGUGGUACUGGAUGCACAACAGGCGGCAGUCAAAGCGAUGGUCCCCAAUGGGACCGCAGCGGCUGUCGACAUAGCGGCUCGUGAGAUCAUCGCGGCAGCGGGAUAUGAGAAAGAGUUCACGCACCGUCUUGGCCAUGGUAUUGGCAUCAAGGCACAUGAGAGCCCAUAUUUGAACAAGGGCAAUGUGGGCGUUACGCUGCGCCCUGGAAUGGUCUUCACCGCCGAGCCUGGAGUCUACGUACUGAACGAGUUUGGAGUCCGUCAUGAGGACGUCCUUGUGGUGAGUGAGUCUGGCGAAGCGGAGAAUUUGAGCGGUGGAUAUGCCAUUAGUCCUUGGCGACCCUGA